AAGUUGACAGCUUAGACAAGGACCUAACUGGAAACCUCCAAAACAACGAUCGACCCUGGAUUUCUUCAAAUUUGAAAACUUUAUCUUGCUGCCCCACAAUAAAAAACCAAGACUUUAUGGUUGUAUCAGCCUGUUAUAGUUAUUUUAUGUCCUUCCCAUUCUUUCCUCAUGUGCAAAUCAAAAAAGAGCACCAGCAUCAUCGAUUCUACAACCCCAAAAUCCAUGGCUUCCAAAUCCUUAAAAUCAUCGACUUCAUCUUUUGUAAACACAUCAUCAUCUCACAACUACCCAUCAACAAAUUACACUCCAAACUACUCAACAACAUCGAAGUCCUGGUCUUUUUCAAACAAAACUUCUCUUUCUAGCCUUAGAGAUUCAUUACCAGAAAACCCUCACAUUUAUGACUUCUCUGAAAUAUGCAAAGCUACAAAUAACUUCUUACAGAAACCCUUUUCUUCUUCCUCUUCAUCAACCUCUUGGAGAUGUUCAAUUCGUGGAAAAGAAGUGAUUCUUUUUCAACGGAAAUCUCGCCAUCAGAUUGGAUUACCUGAGCUUCAAGAGAGGUUGCUGACCAUUUGCAGGAGUCAUCACAGUAGUUUGGUAAAGCUUCUUGGUGCAUCCACUUCAGGGAAUUAUAUUUAUCUCGUUUAUGAAUAUGUUCACGGUGCAAAUUUAGCUACUUGUCUUAGAAAUCCACAGAAUCCCAGUUACACAGUUUUGUCAUCUUGGUUAUCACGUAUGAAGGUCGCUACUGAUUUAGCUCAUGGUCUUGAUUAUAUUCAUCAUUGUUUAGGUCUGAAUUCAGAAUAUGUGCAUAAUCAUAUAAAAAGUUAUAGUAUUUUAGUUACUGAAGAUUCUUUAAAUGCCAAGAUUUGUCAUUUUGGGACUGCUGAAUUGUGUGGAGAGAUAGUGGGGAAUGAAAGGUCUUCGGCCAAAAGUUUUGGAAGGUUGGAUAGUAGGGUAAUGAAAAUCGAGGGAACAAGAGGGUAUAUGGCGCCUGAGUCUCAAUCAAUUGGAGGUAAGACACAGAAAGGUGAUGUUUAUGCAUUUGGGGUGGUGAUUUUAGAGUUGGUAUCUGGGGAGGAGGCAUUGAGGUAUGUGUUGGACGAGGGGGGUGGAGGGUAUAAGAGAAUCAGUGUAAUUGAGAGGGCAAGGGAGGUGGUGGCUGUUGGUGGGGGUGAGUUGAGAAAGUGGGUUGAUAAGAGGGUGAAGGAUUCGUAUCCAGUUGAAGUCGCAGAGAAGAUAGUGUUGUUGGGAUUGGAGUGUGUGGAUGAUGAUCCUGAGAACAGGCCCGAUAUGGGGCAGGUUGAUGUUAGAGUGUCUAAAUUGUAUUUGGAGUCAAAGAAUUGGGCUGAAAAGAUUGGUUUGCCUACUGAUUUCUCAGUCUCAAUGGCACCUCGAUGACGAUGAUUAAUGAGAAAUAAUGGAUCAAUUGGUGAUUAAAGUUUGUUGCCGAAUGUGCUCGUGUAUUUAGGAUUUGAUUUUCAGUUUUUCUUUGAAGUCUAGGUUUUAUACAGUAUUCUUUCCGGAGAAACUGAUGAGAUUUGUUGAUUUUUGUAUCCUUGUUGAUAAUAUAAACAAGCGACAUUUCUGCAUUGA